AUGAACACGAGCGAUACUUCGAAGACUGAAGUCCAAGGUGGAGGGGAUGGAGGUGUCCCUAAUUUUGACUUUACCACCUUCUACACAACCAUCAACAACAGCCUGACCACCACCCCCAAAACGCACAACGGAAUUGACCCUUCCACCAAGACUCCCCUUCCCGAAGUGCCCAUUUCCGCCCCCAAAGACAUCUCAUCCGCCCUCUCCGCCGCCCACGCCGUCUUUUCCUCCAGGCGAUCCCUAUUUGAAGUCUUGCGCGCCAUGUACCUCAUCCGCCUCACCUCGGCCCUCGCCUCCCACCGGUCCUCUUUCAUCGACCUUCCAGUCCUAUAA